ACUGAGAUUGCCAAACGGCUCAAUGCAAUUCUCGCACAGAUCAUGCCUUUCCUGUCACAGGAGGUGAGUGCCCCACACAUCCAUCCCAACGUUGUCUUAACACAUACAAAAAAACCUUCUGGGGCAUCCCAUGGUUGUGUAGUCCUGUUGUAUAGAGCCCCUUUUCAGGCCUUAUAUAAUUGAAGGUUAAUCCCUGUUCACAUGUUAAGGUUUUUGAUUAAUUUAACCCGAGAUGAGCCUAAUUCUGGUUUAAUAAAUCUGUGUCUAUGAAACAGGCUCUAUAACCAUCGAGACUUGGUGUACAGUAGCCUAGCUAAAGUUGGUUAAACCUUGUCUCUGUGUUUCUCCUCAACAGCACCAGCAGCAGGUUGCUCAGGCUGUUGAGCGUGCCAAGCAGGUCACUAUGACUGAGCUCAAUGCCAUCAUCGGGGUACGUGGACUUCCCAAUCUGCCUCUCACCGUGUGUACCCCCCUUACUUUACUUCAUUCAGCCAGAGACCGGGGCAAGCCUGCACGCACGGACGGGACCGGUAGUCCACUAGCUAUAUAGUGUCUAAUUUAGGCCCAUCUAUCUCACAUAGAUAUAUAGCCCUAGUUCAAAGUACAUAGUAUAGUAUAUAUAUAUAUAGUCUAGUGUGGAGGUGGUAGAUGGCUAGAGGAUGUUAAAGUAGUAGCAUGUAGAUCAGUCCAGGCCCCCCCCCCCCCCACCCGGGGGGCACAUUUUGGGUUUUGCCCUAGCACUACACAGCUGAUUCAAAUAACCAACUGAUCAUCAAGCUUUGAUGAUUUGAAUCAGCUGGGUAGGGCUAGGGUGAAACCCAGGACCGAGUUUGGGAAACACUGAUGUAGAGGAUGUUACCCAUACAGGAUACUGCUGUAACGUCCUCUACCAGGAUAACAUACAGGAUACUGCUGUAACGUCCUCUACCAGGAUAACAUACAGGACACUACUGUAACCUCCUCUACCAGGAUAACAUACAGGAUACUACUGUAACGUCCUCUACCAGGAUAACAUACAGGAUACUACUGUAACGUCCUCUACCAGGAUAACAUACAGGAUACUACUGUAACGUCCUCUACCAGGAUAACAUACAGGAUACUACUGUAACGUCCUCUACCAGGAUAACAUACAGGAUACUACUGUAACCUCCUCUACCAAGAGGAUGUUACAGUAGUGUCCUGGUAGAGGAUGUUACAGUAGUGUCCUGGUAGAGGAUGUUACAGUAGUGUCCUGGUAGAGGAUGUUACAGUAGUGUCCUGGUAGAGGAUGUUACAGUAGUGUCCCUGGUAGAGGAUGUUACAGUAGUGGCCUGGUAGAGAUGUUACAGUAGUGUCCUGGUAGAGGAUGUUACAGUAGUAGUGUCCUGGUAGAGGAUGUUACAGUAGUGUCCUGGUAGAGGAUGUUACAGUAGUGUCCUGGUAGAGGAUGUUACAGUAGUGUCCUGGUAGAGGAUGUUACAGUAGUGUCCUGGUAGAGGAUGUUACAGUAGUGUCCUGGUAGAGGAUGUUACAGUAGUGUCCUGGUAGAGGAUGUUACAGUAGUGUCCUGGUAGAGGAUGUUACAGUAGUGUCCUGGUAGAGGAUGUUACAGUAGUGUCCUGGUAGAGGAUGUUACAGUAGUGUCCUGGUAGAGGAUGUUACAGUAGUGUCCUGGUAGAGGAUGUUACAGUAGUCGGUAGGGUUACAGUAGUGUCCUGGUAGAGGAUGUUACAGUAGUGUCCUGGUAGAGGAUGUUACAGAAGUGUCCUGGUAGAGGAUGUUACAGUAGUGUCCUGUAUGGGCAUCUUUGGAGGGGUGCACUAGCUUGCUACAGUAUGACACCACCAUACCCCUCCCACGUGCAGCGUUGCCUCGGUCACCACUGGUUUUUGAUUAUGAGUUGAUGUACUGUAUGUGAUGCACUGUCUAUUUGAUUUACCAGUUACCAUGGUGGGUUUGAUUAAUUUAUCUUCAAUUUAUACAUACGUCUGAUGGUUAUACAUACUAUCCCACUGGUCAGCAGUGUGUCGGUCGGUCAGCAAUCAGUCCUUCAAGGGGGCCCCCUCCUGCAAUGGCUGAGAGAGUGGCUAGUGUUGGUUGUGAACUGAGACGGUCACAGAGAGGGUAACGUAAAGACCUGGCUGAGAUUAGAGCGGUAAGACUGUGAUCAGAUCAUGGGGCUUUGCUCUGACUCCACUUUGCCAGUAAGGCUGUUUUUAAUUGGAUAAGGGGCUCCAGCCAGUGCAGUCUUCAUCUCUACCACUCAGGCUGCUUAUUCCUCUAUAGGGAAGACCAGUAGUGUCCUGAAGCUGAGAUUACACUCACACUGUUAUAGCCCCCCCCCCCCCCCCCCCCCAUACACACACACACCAUCGUAGAGUUCUAUAGGCUAUAGAACUUAACCAUGUUGUGGCUGUAUCGUAAUAAGGCUUUACCUAGUAAUCCCUUUCUUAACUCUGAAAGUCAAAGCUCUCCUCAUUCCACUUAUUUGAUCUAUUCCAGUAGUGGCACAACUGAUCCAGUUAACCAAAGGCUUGCUGAUGAGUUGACCGGAUGCACAGUAUGUUGUGGGUUUCUAGGAGAUGCGGAUCGAUUUGGGAAUCUGAACACUCUGAAAUGAUAACACCUCGUCUUCCUAUAUUGCUCCUUCCGCCCUAUUAAAUAAAGCUAACAUGCUAGCUGUUUUCACUUGUUCGAGCUAGCUGACCCCUUAGCUGCCAGUAGCUAUCCUGAAGCCCUUAGCGGUUAGCUAGCUGACCCCCAAGCUUUCAGUAGCUAUCCUGAAGCCCUUAGCGGUUAGCUAGCUGACCCCCAAGCUUUCAGUAGCUAUCCUGAAGCACUUAGCGGUUAGCUAGCCGACCCCCUAGCUUUCAGUAACUAUCCUGAAGCCCUUAGCGGUUAGCUAGCUUACCCCCUAGCUGUCAGUAGCUAUCCUGAAGCCCUUAGCGGUUAGCUAACUGACCCCUAGCUGUCAGUAGCUAUCCUGAAGCCCUUAGCGGUUAGCUAGCUGACCCCCUAGCUGCCAGUAGCUAUCCUGAAGCCCUUAGUGGUUAGCUAGCUUACCCCCAAGCUUUCAGUAACUAUCCUGAAGCCCUUAGCGGUUAGCUAGCUGACCCCCAAGCUUUCAGUAGCUAUCCUGAAGCCCUUAGCGGUUAGCUAGCUGAUCCCGUAGCUUUCAGUAGCUAUCCUGAAGCCCUUAGCGGUUAGCUAGCUGUCCCCGUAGCUUUCAGUAGCUAUCCUGAAGCCCUUAGCGGUUAGCUAGCUGACCCCCUAGCUUUCAGUAGCCAUCCUGAAGCCCUUAGCGGUUAGCUAGCUGAUCCCCUAGCUUUCAGUAGCCAUCCUGAAGCCCUUAGCGGUUAGCUAGCUGACCUCCUAGCUUUUAGUAGCUAUCCUGAAGCCCUUAGCGCUUAUCUAGCAGUUAGCCAGCCCCAGGGGUGGGGUCAAGCCGGCCGGAGGCAGAUAUUGAAAUUCAAUUAAGGCAAAUGAGCCAAGACUGUGACCCCCGUUUCCAAGGUAAUUACUUCCUCCUCUCCUCCCAGCCACUGGGCGGUUUAAUUCUACUGUCCACACGCCUUUGCCAUUAAGCAGGGGCAGGGCUGUUGAGCUCGGCAGCUUGGCACACACACACACACACACACACGCACACACACUAUGAAAACAGGCUUUUAUUUGUUGGAGGAAGAGAUGACAGGAGAUCAAUCUCCAUGCUUCCACUGUGUGGGGGAGAGAGCAAGGGAUAGAGAGAUGGAAGAAGGGAGGUCAUUAAAUAUCUCACAGUAAUCGGAGGCCGGCAGGGUUUGGCUAGUUGAUGUGUGUGUCUGACUAAACGAUGUCCAGUGUCAGACACACAAACACCCACACACACACUUCUGUCAGAGAGGGAGACGCGAUACAUUGACAGGGAGAGGGACAGAAGUGUACACUUAACCCGGUCUUCUUUAAACCUAAGGGACUCAACUAUGUCAUCUUUACACUGAGGGACAGACAUGCAAAGUAAUUUGUCUGAGAAAGAAUAUCCAUGCACUUAACUCAGCCCUGAGGGAGAGGAGAGAGCGAGAGAGAGAUACUUUUGUAUAUAUAGUGUAUGUGGACACCCCUUCAAAUUAGUGGAUUCGGCUAUUUCUGCCACACCCAUUGCUGACAGGUGUAUAAAAUCGAGCACACAGCCAUGCAAUCUCCAUGGACAAACAUUGGCAGUAGAAUGGCCUUACUGAAGAGCUCAGUGACUUUCAACGUGGCACUGUCAUAGGAUGCCACCUUUCCAACAAGUCAGUUCGUCACAUUUCUGCCCUGCUAGAGAUGCCCCGGUCAACUGUAAGUGCUGUUAUUGUGAAGUGGAAACGUCUAGGAGCAACAACGGCUCAGCCGCGAAGUGGUAGGAGGCCACACAAGCUCACAUGAAUGGGAACGCCGAGUGCUGAAGCACGUAACAAUGGUCUGUCCUCGGUUGCAACCCUCACUACCGAGUUCCAAACUGCCUCUGGAAGCAACGUCAGCACAAGAACUGUUAGUCGGGAGCUUCAUGAAAUGGGUUUCCAUGGCAGAGCAGCCGCACUCAAGCCUAAGAUCAUAAUGUGCAAUGCCAAGCGUCAGCUGGAGUGGGUAAAGCUCUCCGCAAUUGGACUCUGGAGCUUGAACUUGACUGGCCUGCACAGAGCCCUGACCUCAACCCCAUCAAACUUAUUUGGGAUGAAUUGGAACGCCGACUGCGAGCAAGGCCUAAUCGCCCAACAUCAGUGCCCGACCUCACUAAUGCUCUUGUGGCUGAAUGGAUGCAAGUCCCCGCAGUAAUGUUCCAACAUCUAGUGGAAAGCCUUCCCAGAAGAGUGGAGGCUGUUAUAGCAGCAAAGGGGGGACCAACUCCAUAUUAAUACCCAUGAUUUUGGAAUGAAAUGUUUGACGAGCUGGUGUCCACAUACUUUUGGUCAUGUGGUGUAGCUCAUACACUUAACUGGGCACUGAGAGAGAUACAAAUUAUCUGUUCAACACACACUCACACACCCAGUCCUCCAGAAAGGGAGCAACACACACACACACACACACACACACACACACACACACAGAGCUCACCCUGACCCUUGUCCAGGUUAGAUAUUUUCCAGCAGUCAGUCUCCCGUCCCCAGGACAGGGCCAUGCCAGUGUUAUCUCAGGAGAUAUACUACCUGCUAAUCUGCCCUCUCCCCAAGGCACAGAGUGACCCGAGAGAGAGGGUGCACCAAUAAACAACAUAUUCCAACAGGAUUUACAGCCCCCCAAUACAACGCUGCAUACCAGCCAGUCUGUAUACACACCGUUUUAUGGUUUCAUACAGUAGUCUACAAAUGGUUUACAGACUGCUUCCCAUAACACAGGUGCAGUAAUCUAGCUCUACUCAGCCAACCAGCACAGUCGGUGUACAAACAGUUUGCACAUUAUGUUCCAGAACGUCAACCCCAUUCCAAAGUAAGCACGGAACUAUUCUGUGUUAAUCAUACUGAAGUUCACACAAGUAGACAACCCAGGUGUACAUUACUUUAGUUAGUGUGUGAAGUUACUAGCUUUUUAGCACCAGCUUGUUCUUUUAGAUAAUGGUUAACAGGACAGGAUGAAAUUGCCCCCCGGACACUGAUCUAAGACCAGUUUAGCGGUUUCCACACUAUUGGUUAAAGUUGGGAUUAUGGCAAGGAAAGCUGAUCCUGGAUCUGUACCUAAGGGCAACAUCAAUGGUUAACAGAUGGGUUACUGUUGGUGUUUUGCCUAUUUGAUCUAGAACACACAUUUCAUGUAAAACAUUUAUUACAGCGCCUGUUUUGUUGUUAUUCUGGGACAACCAUUUGCUUUUUGGAGGACCCACUCGCUCACUUUGCAUGUUUUUAUUUGCUGCAGAUUUGAGUGUCAAAUUCACAUUUUCCAUUUGGUUUGAGUGUGUCCCUUUUCACACAGAGGGCAUUUGUCUGCAGUCACAUUGGCUGAAACCCCUGUACACACAUGUAGUACCUCAUGAUUUCCAUAUUAGAGAUGUCUCGUAGAUAUGGCUUUGGUUUUCAUCUAGGUGGAGCGUAGCAUACGGGCUAAAUGGACACUACAGUCUGUAAAUAAUACAGAAAUUGGACGGAUUUAAGACCAGACAAUUGUCCGCCAUUUUCCGGCGGAUACGUUAGUAUGUGUAGGCCUAUCCCUCUAUUUAAUGAGUCUCCUUGGGGUUUUUUUUAACACCUGAAAAAUAAUUAAUACAAGCCACUGUGCGAUUAUGACAUAAGAACCUCAGCCAUUGCAGGUACCUCAGCUCCCCUUGAAGGACUCUCAUACUGCUGACCAACGAUGUGUUCUCACAGUUCAUUUCACUUUGGACACUGUAUUAUCAUAGCCUUAUCACUCAAACUGUACUGCAUUGCAAUGCACCUGUGGUUAGCCUCCUAGCAUUAGCAUUGAGCUUAGAUCUAGGGAAGAUCUCAAUUGCAUACUCCUCACGUCCUCUCGUCUCCUUCUUAAAACCCAUUGGAUGAGAAAGCCAGAGGUCCCUCCCCUCUGACCUCCUCAAUGGGUUUUGAGAAGAAGAGAGGACGUGAGGAGUAUCCAAUUGAGAUCUUCCCUAGCCACAGCUACCUCCUCUUACCGCCAUCUUUCUUUGACUCCUUCAGCAACAGCAACAAACUGUCUACCCAGCCUUCAUGGUCAGUGUUUGGGAGAGGGAUGGAUGGAUGGAUGGAUGAAUGGAGGGAAUGAGAAGAGAUGUGUUGUUGAUAUGUUGUUGUUGACGUUUGUUUGAAUUGCUACCACUUAGCAUGCCAAGUGGUUUUGUAACGACAGAUAACCACUGUGUGUUAGGAAGUCAGGAACUAAAGCAUGCAUUGGGUGUCUUGAUACUCAAAAUUGCACUUUAAAGUAUUGGAACUCAGCCUCAUUUGUUUCUAUGCUAUUUAGUCAUGCAGUCUGCCAGCCAGUCUGCCAGCCAGUCUGCCAGCCAGUCUGCCAGCCAGUCUGCCAGCCAGUCUGCCAGCCAGUUAGUCUUUCAUAGUGUUGAUGUUGGUUCCACCUGACGCUAACGGUCUGUCGGUGGGAGCUGUGAUUCGCCCCGUUAGCUUUAAUAGCCUCGUUCCUGCGCAUCCCCUCCUGACAAAACCCGCCCGAGAUUUGGAGUCAUUUACACAGAUAAAAACAGAUCAGUCUGAAAGGAAGUCUGUCACCUCUUUAUCCAGGAAUAUUGAAUCGGAGGCCAUUUAUUUCCCUCAUCCUUCACUCCUCUCCUCCUCCGCCACGGUGGCCCCUUAAUGAGGCUUCUUGAUGAUGCUUCUCUGCAUGCUUCCCUCAUUAGUACCCUCAACAGGGACGUCUCUUCUCUAUUCCCCCCCCCCCCCCCCCCCCUUCCAUCCCUCCCUAACACAAAUAGGCCUCUGCUUCACACACCACCAGCACAAUAUUGAUUAACAAUCCUGCCUGUCUAAGUGGGUUCCAUCCAUUCUAUACCCCUACUCCCCAGCUCCAGUUAAUGAGCCUGCUGGAAAACAGGCCUAUUGUUAAGAGACCAGACUUGAUCAACCUUUACUGUUAAAAGGCUUACAAGCUCCUCCUCCUCCUCUCCUUCUAAUGAGUCGUAUGGGUCAGGGCUAUAAGACUCCCAGCUAGCGAGCUAUCAGGAAGGUCAAUAGAUUGGUUUGGGACUGACACUUGAUGGAUGUGCUAAGUGUUAUUUAACCUAGUUUUAAAGCACUCACUUCCCCUUUUCAGCUGAGUGGCUAUUUAACUCCCGUCUGUUAGUCUGGAUCCCUGAGUCGCUCUCGUCUGUCUGUCUGUCUCUCUCUCUCUCUCUCUCUCUCUCUCUCUCUCUCUCUCUCUCUCUCUCUCUCUCUCUCUCUCUCUCUCUCUCUCUGUGUCUCUCUCUGUGUCUCUCUUCUCUCUCUCUCUCUCUCUCUCUCUCUCUCUCUCUGUGUCUCUCUCUCUUUUUCGCUCUCCCUCUUGCUCUCUCUCCCUCUUGCUCGCUCUUUCUCUCGCUCUCGCUCUCCCUCUUGCUCGUUCUCGCUCUCUCUCUGGUUCUCUGACGUUGACAGGCUCUUGGGAGGGCUAAGUGUGUGUCCCCCUCCCUCUCUGCCUGUUAACAGUAUUUGCUAGAGGGCCAGGAUGGGGGCGAUCAUGCUGUGGGUGAAGUUAACCCUAUAUGCAACCCUCGGAGAAUACAGCCCCAGCCAUGUUCUUGUCUGGAGUGUCUGCUAAAACAGUCGACAUAGAACUGAGAUCUUUGAGUAGGAAGCCUGCGUUGAAGCCUUGAAGGACGGUUAACUAGCGGUUGUUGUGUUGUUGUGGUGCCGACUGCUUCUCACUAAUUGCUGCAGGCAGCUGGUAUUUGGGCGCAGUUCAUCCAGUAUGUAUCAAGUGUGUUCUGUUUAUGAAAUGAGGUGGACUUUAUUUAACGUGACGUGUGUGAAGGAUACGGUGUGUGUGUGUGUGUGGGAUACGGUGUGUGUGUUUGUGUGUGUGUGGAUACGGUGUGUGUGUGUGUGUGGGGAUACGGUGGGUGUGUGUGUGUGUGUCCAACCUCAUAUCCAGGGCCUCAUAUAAUAGCCAUCCUCAGACAUUUGUGAGGAAGAUGGCCUUAUUGCUAAGAAUGGUUCUUACCUACUGGCCUCUAACAGAUGUGUGGACUUCAAUUCAACUCCCCAAUCCUUCCUCCUUUCCAUGGUUUAGGACUGUGAUUGGGGAGGGGAGGGAGACUAACAACUUUAUGUACCUCUCCUCGGGAACCCCCAGCCGGUCCAAACCUCUACCCGGGGACCCCCAGCCGGUUAAUGUAUUUUAUCUAUUCCAGAACUAGCACACCUGAUUCAAGUUGUCAACUAAUCAUCAAACCCUUGACUAGGUAAAUCGGGUGAACUAGUUCAGUGCUAAAACACAAUUGUGAAACGUCUGAGGGGUCCCUGAGGAGAGAUUUGAGAACCACUGUACUAGGGCUUGUUAUUCAAUGGGGUGCAACAUUUUAGACCGUUGCCGAUAGAAAUAUGUACUGUCUAGAGCUGAUAUUGAGGAUUCCCUAUUUUACAUGACAAGAAAAAAUACUUUUAAUUCGACACAUCAAUGCCACAUUUUUAUCUGAGCUUUUCUGUAAUGUUGCGCCCACCUGAACUAAGCCGCCUCGUGUUGUAAAGCCAGUCCCCCGGUCUCUUCCCAGCCGACCCACUGAACUAAACCCCCUCUCUCAUGUGUUGUGUAGCCAGUCCCACGGUCUCUUCCCAGCCGACCCACUUGUCGUAUGUCUUGUUCCCCAACAGCAGCAGCAGCUCCAGGCUCAGCACCUGUCCCACGCUGCCCACGGUGGGCCACCCAUCCAGAUGCCCCCGCACCCCUCGGGCCUGCAGCCCCCUGGCAUACCCCCCAUCCCGGGCGUGGCUGGCUCUGGUCUGCUGGCGCUGGGCGCCCUGGGCAGCCAGGCCCACCUGCCCUCCGUCAAGGAUGAGAAGAACAACCAUGACCUAGAGCACAGAGGUGAGGAGCUUGAGGGUGUGGAUACUGAGGUGGUGUGGUUCUGCUCAAUGGGCAGUGUCUUUUUGUAUUGCGGCCAUUUUGGAUCCAUACAAUGGGCGUUGUGGUUUGAUAUUGCGGCCAUUUUGUCUCUACUCAGUGGGCAUUGUGGCUCUACAUUACAGCCAUUUUGGUUCUGUGCUGAUUCUAUUUGAGUGUGAAUUGGGUGGCCUGAUGUCCAUGUACUCUCAGACCACAGUGGCUGCAAACAGUCAGUUAGGAUACUCAUUAAAAUGACUUGUCUGAAUGUGAAACCAACGUUUUUUAAAUGCUGUUGUGUCGUGAAUGCAGACCAAUUAAGUCACAAUACAUAUUGCCAUGCGUACUAACGUUCUUUUCACUUUCUCCCUCUUGGCCUGUCAUCCUUUCACUCCCCCCUGGCGAUCCCUCUGGUAAAAGAACGAGAGUCGAGCACGGUAAGUUCUCCUUUAUUCUUCUGAGGUCCCCCCAUCUCUCCCCCACCUCACCCUCUCUCCCCUCCCUUGACAUUGACUUUGAGCCAGUCUGUUUGGUGAUUAAGGCACUUUGAUUGACUUUAAACACCACGCCUCGUUAAAAAUUCAAAAUUCAUGAUCCCUGCAGUAGAACACACACGUUUUGUCUCGUAUAAGCCGUUCUGAAAUCAAAUAAUGAAUGGGGGAGCUGAGUCUGCCACAUAAAGCCUCUGCUGCUUCCGCCGCUAUGCUGUCUAAUCCAGGUGGAAAAUGACUCCAAUCACCAGGCCAGGAUUAGCCCGCUCUAUAAUUUCAUCACAAUUAAAAGAGACUUUGACUCUCUUCUCUCCGUCUAAGAGGAUUUACUGUAGCCCAUCUAUCCUCCCUCCCCACCCCUCCUCCCUCCCCACCCCUCUCUGCCUUUUAGUCCUCCCAUCUUUCUCUCCCGUCCUAUUCUGCCUCUUUGUUUUCUAAUGCACUCCUUUUCAUUUUGUCUGUGUUGUAAUGUCUCUCUGUCUCUCUCUGUUGGUCUCUCUCUCUCUCUCGCUCUCUGUCUCUCUCUCUCUCUCUGUCUGUUUCAUACUCAAUCGUUCCCCCUUGCUCUCUUUCUCUCUCUGCCUACUUCCAGUAAAUAUUUAUGAACACAGAUAGUGAAUUGUUUCCUCUCCCUCCUGCUCCCGGGCUUCUUCUCUUGUUAAAGCCUCUGUGUAUUAGACUGGAUUAAAUCUCUCUGAUAUCCAGGGAUAGCGACGCGGUGGCGGCUGCGGCAGUGCAGGGAUUGGGUUCCCAAUGACUGGGCAGCGUGAAUGGGUGCAGUCAUGUCUGAAGGGAACCAAACCGGGCCCCUGCGAUUAGCGCCGCUAAUGCUAACUCGACUCCCCUCCCUCAUCCCCCUCUCCCUCCCUCCUUCUGUCGCUUCCUCCCUUCCUGUCCUGUUGUCUCAGGUCAUCUGAUAGGGGGUGUCUGAGGUUAUCCAGUCUGUUAAUCAUGCCUUAAAAGGCCACUGUGUAUUACAGACAGAGAAACAGACACACACAUUUGUUUUACUAUCCUUGUGGGGACCAAACAAUGUAUUCCAAUUCAAAAUUCUAUUUACCCUAGCCCUAAUUCUAGCCCUAAACCUAACCCCUAAGCCUAAAAACCUCUAAGGCGUAAUGUCCCCACUUGUCUGAAUUCUCCUUGUUUUUACUAUCCUUGUAAAGGCGUCCGCAUGCUUCCCAGCCCAAACAGUUCGGAAGAGUUUGUGCAUAUACUAUGACAACAUUUUGCGAUGUUUUAGGACUUCGGUAAGGUUUUUUUUUGGCUUUUCAUGCACACAUUUCUUUCUCGAGGCCAGCCGAAAGUCGGGAGCCCGAAGUCUACGCCCAUUCGCCAGUGAUUGGUCAACUGAAGGGAUUCUUCAACAAAAGUAUUUGUUGUCAUUCAACGAGAGAUAACUAGUUUGCAUGCACCUUUUUUCAUUGAGAAAUAAUGCACCAAACAUUUAGUUAAUGUAAAAUUGCGAGACUAAGAUCUCCUUGGCAAAAACGUCAAUUUCAUUACAGAUUUCUUGAGUUAUCUUAGAUUAAUUCUGACUAUUUUGAGGAACUGUACAGUCGUGGUCAAAAGUUUUGAAAAUGACACAAAUAUUAAUUUUCACAAAGUCUGCUGCCUCAGUUUUUAUGAUGGCAAUUUGCAUAUACUUCAGAAUGUUAUGAAGAGGGAUCAGAUGAAUUGCAAUUAAUUGCAGUCCCUCUUUGCCAUGAAAAUGAACUUAAUCCCCAAAAAACAUUUCCACUGCAUUUCAGCCCUGCCACAAAAGGACCAGCUGACAUCAUGUCAGUGAUUCUCUCCUUAACACAGGAGAGAGUGUUGACGAUGACAAGACUGGAGAUCACUCUGUCAUGCUGAUUGAGUUAGAAUAACCGACUGGAAGCUUUAAAAGGAGGGUGGUGCUUGAAAUCAUUGUUCGGCAUAAAAAGGGCUUCAUAGGCAAGGAUAUUGCUGCUAGUAAGAUUGCACCUAAAUCAACCAUUUAUCGGAUCAUCAAGAACUUCAGAGAUGUUCAAUUGUUGUGAAGAAGGCUUCAGGGCGCCCAAGAAAGUCCAGCAAGUGCCAGGACCGUCUCCUAAAGUUGAUUCAGCUGCGGGCUCGGGGCACCACCAGUGCAGAGCUUGCUCAGGAAUGGCAGCAGGCAGGUCUGAGUGCAUCUGCACGCACAGUGAGGCAAAGAGUUUUGGAGGAUGGCCUGGUGUCAAGAAGGGCAGCGAGGAAGCCACUUCUCUUCAGGAAAAGCAUCAGGGACAGACUGAUAUUCUGCAAAAGGUACAGGGAUUGGACUGCUGAGGACUGGGGUAAAGUCAUUUUCUCUGAAUCCCCUUUCCGAUUGUUUGGGGCAUCCGGAAAAAAGCUUGCCUGGAGAAGACCAGGUGAGCGCUACCAUCAGUCCUGUGUCAUGCCAACAGUAAAGCAUUCUGAGACCAUUCAUGUGUGGGGUUGCUUCUCAGCCAAGGGAGUGGGCUCACUCACAAUUUUGCCUAAGAACACAGCCAUGGAUAAAGAAUGGUACCAACACAUCCUCCGAGAGCAACUUCUCCCAACCAUCCAAGAACAGUUUGGUGACGAACAAUGCCUUUUCCAGCAUGAUGGAGCACCUUGCCAUAAGGCAAAAGUGAUAACUAAGUGGCUCGGGGAACAAAACAUCGACAUUUUGGGUCCAUGGCCAGGAAACUCCCCAGACCUUAAUCCCAUUGAGAACUUGUGGUCAAUCCUCAAGAGGCGGGUGGACAAACAAAAAUCCACAAAUUCUGACAAACUCCAAGCAUUGAUUAUGCAAGAAUGGGCUGCCAUCAGUCAGGAUGUGGCCCAGAAGUUAAUUGACAGCAUGCCAGGGCGGAUUGCAGAGGUCUUGAAAAAGAAGGGUCAACACUGCAAAUAUUGACUCUUUGCAUAAACUUAAUGUAAUUGUCAAUAAAAGCCUUUGACACUUAUGGAAUGCUUGUAAUUAUACUUCAGUAUACCAUAGUAACAUCUGACAAAAAUAUCUAAAAACACUGAAGCAGCAGACUUUGUGAAGACCAAUACUUGUGUCAUUCUCAAAACUUUUGACCACGACUGUAUACUGGCUACGGCGUCUCAAAAUGGACAAACGGUACUAUUGCCGCUUUUUUUCUCUUUAUUUUUUUAAGCAAAUGUAUUUUAAGGGUGUAUGCGAGCCCACUCAUUCGGUUUUGCCAGCCAACUUCGGCUAUCCGCCAGCCGAACUGAAGGCUUAAGGACUUCUGGUCCCCACAAGGAUAGUAAAACCAAAAACACACACACAGAGAGAGAGAGACAGUAGGGCCUGGAAGGUAGCUAACUAGUUACCCACCACCACCCCUCCUCUUUCAGCCCCACAGGACAAUCCACCUCUAUUUGGCACUUUGCUUUUUAUCCUUUCCCAAAAGAGAAGCUGCGCAUUCUGGAGCCACAAUGGCAACAUUCAUGUACAUAUUUAGAGCCGGGAUGGGGGGGAGGAGGAAUGGCGGAAUGGCAGGAUGGAGGGUUUGGCUUAAAGAGUCACGAAGAGUCAGAUUCCUUUGUGCGGCAGCCAAGACGAGGGCACGUUGCCUAGAAAGCCCUUCCGAUGGGGGCUCCCCAACACUGCCCAAACACAUCCUCCUCCUCUCUCUCUCUCUCUGUCAACCACACGCUCUGAGGCCCCAUCUCUUUUUUUCUUCUUUUUUUUCACUCCAUUUAUUUCUUGUUUACUCUUUCGCUGUCAUUCGUUUCUUCUUUCCCAGUGGACAUGGGUGAGGGGUUCAAAUGGGCAGCUCUUGUCCUCUCUCUCUCUCGGUCUCUCUCUGUCUCUCUCUCUCUGUCUCUCUCUCUCUGUCUCUCUCUCUCUCUCUCUCUCUUUCUCUCGGUAAUGAAAGACUGGAUGAGAGUGUGGGCUUGGCACGGAGGGCCAAGUGUACCCAGCGCCACCCUGGCAGUGCCAGCCUAACAUGCCCACAAGUGGGGAACUCAACUCGGUGCCACACUACUGGCCUCUCAUUGGAUGCCAGCUCCCUUUUCUGUUUCUCUUUCUUUAAUUCUUUCACUCCCUCUUUUUCGGCAACUUUCCUGCCCUACUUUUUUUCUCUGUUUCCGUUUGCUCUUUGUCCACGCUUCUUCUUCUCUCUCUCAUUAAGGCUCUCCUAUCAUUCAGUCGUUUAGUCCGUUUCCUGUCCCUCCCUCCCUCCCUCGUUACUUGUUUUAUGUACUGUAUAACCACUGAGUGGUCCUGGCAAGGUGCCCACACCAGCCGACUCUCCAGCGGUCAUCCGUUCAGCCCCAGCAGCUCUGGAGAAAGAGCCUUUCUGAUGGUGUGUGUGUUCAGGUGUGUGUUUUGGAGGGCUAGCAGGAGGAGGACAGGAAAACAAGCUAUGCAUUGUUUGCGUUGUGUGUCUGCUGCCCCAGUCACUGGAAGGCCUGGGUGAAGAUGACAGUUGAGUCGCUGCUCCAGUCACUGGAAGGCCUGGGUGAAGAUGACAGUUGAGUCGCUGCUCCAGUCACUGGAAGGCCUGGGUGAAGAUGACAGUUGAGUCGCUGCUCCAGUCACUGGAAGGCCUGGGUGAAGAUGACAGUUGAGUCGCUGCCCCAGUCACUGGAAGGCCUGGGUGAAGAUGACAGUUGAGUCGCUGCUCCAGUCACUGGAAGGCCUGGGUGAAGAUGACAGUUGAGUCGCUGCUCCAGUCACUGGAAGGCCUGGGUGAAGAUGCGUCUGUGCAGUUUAUCUCCUGGGCUCACUCAGUCAUGCUCACUCCCUGUCUCUCACUAAUGCAUCAUGGAGCUUGUUGGGGAGGUUUAGCUCUGUCAAUGUGUGUGUGUGUGUGACGGACUGACUUCUUUGGUAAAGCCCCGUCGGUCGCCUGGCAGCUCUCUACAGCACAAAGCCCCACUUCAAGACCUAAACUAGCAGAGCAGUUUUCUCCUAGACUCUUUGUUACGUGGGAAGACUCCUGUGACUGACGUGGUUCCUCAUCUGUCUGUCUGCGUUGUUGCAGAAUAACUCGGUGUCUCCGUCAGACAGCCUGCGUGCGGCCAGCGACAAACACCGCAGCUCCUCCGAUUAUAGCAUGGACUCCAAGAAACGCAAGGUGGAGGAGAAGGACAGUAUGAGCAGAUACGUGAGUGGGAAAGAACACACACACACACACACACACACACACACACAAAUAAUACACUUAGCACAUUUAAACAGGAGAAGUUUGUACACAAACACACACCAAUUAUAAGUGUGGUCACUGUCUAACACUGUCUCUCAACAGGAUAGCGAUGGAGACAAAAGUGACGACCUGGUCGUGGAUGUGUCCAAUGAGGUAAGAGCAGCUGGUCGCUUUCAUGUGUGUGUUUGAGUGGACACAUACCUGUGUGUGUGUGUGUGUGUGUGUGUUGGUAUGUUAGUGUGGUUGAGUUGCAGAGCCACAUUCCACCCUGUCUCUUUAGUAGCUGGUGACUGAACACUGGUGUCUUUGUUGAGGAACCAAAGCUGACAGAGACCUUAACAGCUGUCACACCCUCGCUAAGGUCACCAGGGAAACCUCCCCUAAAAUAAAGAAGGAAACGGAACAGUGUGGUUUUGUGUAACAUCCACGUAUGUGUACCAAAUACAACUUUUAUUUGUACGGAGACAUGCUUAUACAAAUAAAUGCUUUACAAAGAAACCUAGAGGUGAUGGAACCCUAGGGUGACAGAGGAGAAACAUAUAAUGUGGAUCUGUGUUUGCACAUGUGGCCCGGGUUUGUUUGACCUUCAUGUACAUUCUCAUUCUCUCUCUCUCUCUCUCUUCCCAUCCCUAUUACAUCCCCUUCCUUUUUCCUUCCUCUCUACCUUCCUCAUCAUCAUCAUCAUCAUCAUCUCUCUCUCUCUCUCUCUCUCUCUCUCUCUCUCUCUAUUAUCAUCUCUCUCUCUCUCUAUCAUCUCUCUCUCUCUAUUAUCAUCUCUCUCUCUCUAUUAUCAUCUCUCUCUCUAGGACCCAGCCACUCCCAGGGCCAGCCCCGCCCAUUCUCCUCCAGAAAACGGUCUGGACAAAUCACGGGCCCUGAAGAAGGACGCCCCCAACAGCCCUGCCUCCGUGGCCUCCUCCGGCAGCACACCGUCCUCCAAAGCCAAGGACCACGCCCACGUGAGUGUGUGUGAAAGGGGAGAGUAAGAGAGAGGGGUAAAGCAGGGGGUAGAGGAAACCAACAGACAAGGGGUGUGUGUAGCUAUUAAACUGCUGAAGGAGUGUUUGGGGGGUUGGGAGGAUGCACACAGGAGACACACAGUGCUCUGCUCCUAUCAGUCUCCUUUAUGGCAGGCAGAAUUAAUGUCAAUUGCUUUCCCAGCGCCCGGACCGUAAAUAAACCGGGGCAAUGACAGGGAGAUGCUCGCACUCUGUCUCUCUUCCCUCAUCUCUCUCUCUUCUCCCUCGUCUCUUCUCGUCUCUCUCUCCUCUCGCUCUCUCUCUCCUCUCUCUCUCUCUUUACCAGGCCCUCUCGUCCUUAUCUUUUGGUCUACUCUCUCGUUCUCCCUCGUGGUUCCCUAGCCACUCUCGCAGUCCUUUCCCUCCAUCCUCUCCCCAGCCCUAUUCUCCUCUUGUGCCCUCUGCUGAUAUGGCAAUGUGCUUAACUAGUCAGGGCUCAUGUGUAGGGCCGGGGGUGUGGCGGAGGGGUGCAGAUUAAAAGGAAAUGAGGGAUAAAGAAGGGCCACCAUCUUGGCUGUUAGGGCUCUGACAGGCCAGUCUAAUAGAGGUUUAUGUGGCCCCACAGGGCUCUAAUGAACUGGCACUAGUAGGUUGGAUUAUGUUGAGCUCACCACUCAAAUUGUCACUGGAUUUUUGGGGAAAGUGGUUCAGCUAUUUUAGGAUUUUGACUUUCUAUUGCUCCCUGUCUCUCUCAUGUUCUUGGUCUUUAUUCAUUGUUCUUCUUUUCCUGUCUCUUGUGACCUGGUUGUAAGGAAAUAUAGUUUGGUGGUUUGGGGUUCUAUUGCUUUUGUGAUUAUCAUAUAUUUUUUAAUUAAAAUGGAAUAAAGAUAAAUGAAUCAAAUGAAGUAUAUUUCUCUCUAUCUGUCAGAAUGAUAAGUCUUCCACGCCGGGCCUGAAGUCAAACACCCCCACACCUCGUAACGAUGCCCCUACACCAGGUACCAGCACCACCCCUGGUCUACGACCCAUCAUGGGCAAGCCCCCGGGCAUGGAGGCACUGGGUAAGUCCUCACACACAUACACACUCAUGUACCCAUGCAUACAUACCCACACGUACACACCAAACACACUCGUCCGCUAACCACAAAUAGAUUAACACGAAAAUAACCACAAAAAAAACACACACACACACGCACUUCUCUGUAGGGCUGCCCAUUAGCCUAUGGCAGAAUCAGUUGGCCUUACAUCUCUCUCCUACCCUCUCUCUAGCAGCUCCAGCCCUGCGUACCCCUUUGUCCAUAGCUGGCUCCUACGCCACGCCCUUCGCCAUGAUGGGCCACCACGAUAUGAACGGCUCCCUGACCAGCCCCGGGGUCUACGCCGGCCUCCACAUCUCCCCCCAGAUGAGCGUGGCGGCUGCUGCUGCGUACGGACGCUCGCCCAUGGUACGCUCUCCCAAAACUCCCACCUCAUGUAGUCACAUACUAACAUGUAGCCCCUCCACACGGUCACACACUCUUCCCUACACACAGGCUACAGUUACUAAUACAAAACAUGAGUAAUACAAUACAGGAAUAGGAAAGAAAAGGUGUGUUCACUCAAACACAGACAUGCAAACAUACAUACAACUAUACAUCAGACUCACUUCUCACUAUAUAUUACACGUCUCCGCAGCGCUGCCAACACUGCUGUCGGCUAAAAGACCUCUUGUAAUAUGACUAGCAGCCAAUUUACAAUUCAUUUCCUAUUUCAAUAAUUCACUCUUUCAAUAUUUCUUUAGAAUUGUUGUAUUUUUUUUUCUCUCAGCUCUCUGUGUAAAGUGUUAGGCAAUAGAAACAUUGGAGUAAGCUAACCUCCCCUGCUUUGAUGUCUGGUGCUGCAAGGGAGGGGGAAAAUAACUCUGGCAAAACACUGUCUCUCGGUGUGUGGAAAUCUCCCAGGCUUUCAUUAGCAUUAGCAAGUGGGAUGUUGUGUAAAGCUACAGCGUUACCACGAACCCGGGCAAAGGCUCUGCCUUUCAAGGAAUGUAGAAUCCACAUCGCUGGAUGAAAUGAUGGUAAAAAUACCCCUUAUGACCCCCAUACUCAACUGGCGGACCGCGAUCCGGACCCAGAACGGGGUCAAUACGGACCGCGGGUCUCCACUACUACUACUGAACUAGGUCGGGCUUCGACCUAGUUCAGUAGUGUGGUAUAUGGCCAAUAUACCACGGCUAAGGGCCUGGAUACUGCCCUUAGCCAUGGUAUAUUGGCCAUAUACCACAAACCCCGAGGUGCCUUAUUGCUAUUAUAAACUGGUUACCAAUGUAGUUAGAGCAGUAAAAAUGCAUGUUUUGUCAUACCUGUGGUAUACGGUCUGAUAUACCACGGCUGUCAGCCAAUCAUCAUUCAGGGCUCGAACCACCCAGUUUAUAAACCCACAAGACCUGGUGAAAUGGGUAGAAUUGCAGGAAAUUUGCUUUAAAACAGCAACAAAAGUCUGCCCCAUGCAAAAUGUGUAGAAUUGUGGGAAAUGUGCUUUAAAACUGCAAAAUUAUCUCUCCGCCAACAAGAGGGGUGUGAACCGUUUUGGGUCGCAUGGGUUGUGAGGUGGGAGUUUGUCACUAUGACGAUAAAUGAUAAUGUCCAUCUGGACCUUUGCCACCUAGGACAUUUGUGUGACCGGACCUUCUCUGCCAUAUUGGAUGCUAUAGAAGCAGCGAUGCUAAGUUUCCUGUUUUAACAAUUAGCCUAGCUUAGUUGGCAACAUGGAUUAGCUUUGCACAGUUUUUUAGGCUAAUGUGUUAACAUGCUAACUGUCUGUCCGUGGUGGUUUCCCAGGCGGGGUUUGACCCUCACUCCCACAUGAGACCAGGCCUGCCAGCCAGCCUCACAUCCAUCUCUGGAGGAAAACCGUAAGUCUCCAAACCCAGUUUGUUUAAACUGUUAAAACUAUUUAUCACGAGCGACUGGAUGGGUAUGAUGUCUCUUUUGGAUUAGACUAAUUAGCAGGACCAGGCAUGUUUUUAAUUGAGAAGUUAUGAUGAGAUUUAGCAUUUCCACAAAUGUGCAAUAUAAUUAUUUGGCAUGUAUCAUUCCAAUGCUAACCUGCUGACGGUGUUAUUUUAAUUUUAUAAAACCAAUAUGAUUGAGUUUUCACCAAGCAUGUUUGUCAUGUGCAAAGGGUUGGUUUCCCAACACACUGCAUUAGCUAUACUUUAAUUGCACUAAAGUCACAGGUCAAGUCCACCAUUUUGGUUCCAGGUUUCAUUUUGGCUCAAAACAACAACUGCCUUUUCUCCCCUUCGACAGUGCCUACUCCUUUCAUGUGAGCGCCGACGGCCAGAUGCAGCCGGUGCCCUUUCCCCCGGAUGCGCUGAUAGGCCCGGGCAUCCCACGACACGCCCGCCAGAUCAACACGCUGAGCCACGGCGAGGUGGUGUGCGCUGUCACCAUCAGCAACCCCACGCGCCACGUCUACACUGGUGGCAAGGGCUGCGUCAAGAUCUGGGACAUCAGCCAGCCAGGCAGCAAGAGCCCUGUGUCCCAACUGGACUGCCUGGUAAGGAGCCAUUUUGUUUUAGGAAACAUAGAUAUGUGUUUAAACUGUAAGACCAUCACUUUGGAUAAAAGCCAUCUGCUGAAUGAACAUAUCAUUAUUAUAUUUGCAUAAGGCAUAACAACAGGCAACGUGGGACAAAGGCAAUAAUUUAGGUUGGCUGGGCUGUACGCUAGCUAACAGGAUAGCCAAGCUGUACGCUAGCUAACAGGAUAGCCAAGCUGGACAAGCUAGCUAACAGGAUAGCCAAGCUGGACAAAGUAGCUAAAAGGGGAUAGCCCCUUCACCCCACAUCCACUCUCUGAACCAGCCUCUUCACCCCACGUCCACCUCUCUGAACCCAGCCCCCUUCACCACGUCCACUCCUCCGAAACCAGCCCCCUUCACCCCCCGUCCACUCUCUGAACCAGCCCCCUUAACCCACCCCACGUUCCCAUUCUGAACCAGCCCCCUUCACCCCACGUCCACUCUCUGAACCAGCCCCCCUUCACCCCACGUCCACCUCUGAACCAGCACCCCUUCACCCCACGUCAACUCUCUUGAACCAGCCCCCUUCACCCCACAUCCAAUUCUGAACCAGCCCCCUUCACCCCACGUCCACUCUCUGAACCAGCCCCCUUCACCCACGUCCACUCUCUGAACCAGCCCCCUUCACCCCACAUCCACUCUCUGAACCAGCCCCCUUCACCCCACGUCCACUCUCUGAACCAGCCCCCUUCACCCCACGUCCACUCUCUGAACCAGCCCCCUUCACCCACGUCCACUCUCUGAACCAGCCCCCUUCACCCCACGUCCACUCUCUGAACCAGCCCCCUUCACCCCACGUCCACUCUCUGAACCAGCCCCCUUCACCCCACGUCCACUCUCUCCCUCCAUCUGCUCUUGUGAAUGUAAUAAUUCAAGGCACAGCGUCUUGUUCGUUGGCCUGGUGUGUGACGUUUUGGAAAAAUACCAAAAGUAAUGAUCUUCUGAUUGUCCUGCCCCGGUUCGCCAUUACCCACCCAAUUAGUCAUUCUCCCAGCCUCCCCAUUCAUCAAUUUGAUACUGUCAACCCUCUCCUCGCCACUUUGGAGAGGGGGUAGGAGCAGAGAGAAGAGGGAGAGGGAGAGUGCUGGCUUUGUGACAAGGUCUUAUAUAGCCAUCAGCAAGCUGUUUAAUUCGUCUGAGAGCCCCGGCCCUCUAUUGAUCUCUCAUUCACAUCACCCGCCUCAUGCACCCAGUCCAGCUAGCACUCUUCUGCCCUUGUUAAAGCUGAAAAUGAGUCUCGCUCCACAGCCGAGGGAAGCCACACUCAAACACUCACUCUGUGAUGCUUUUACCGCCAUACCUGCUUUUACCGCCAUACCUGCUUUUACCGCCAUUCCUGCUUCAAAAUUCAAAAGGCACUCACACAUCUGAGCUAUCUUUGUUGCAGGUGCAUGGUAACAGUUGAAUAAGAUGAGAAACCCUCACACUGCUCUUGCUAGCUAGUGUCACUGCUCUUGCUAGCUAGUGUCACUGCUCUUGCUAGCUAGUGUCACUGCUCUUGCUAGCUAGUGUCACUGCUCUUGCUAGCUAGUGUCACUGCUCUUGCUAGCUAGUGUCACUGCUCUUGCUAGCUAGUGUCACUGCUCUUGCUAGCUAGUGUCACUGCUCUUGCUAGCUAGUGUCACUGCUCUUUAUUAAGCUUUACGUAUCGGCCUCAAGGCCUUCGUCAGAGCUUUUGUGAGUGUUCACAACCUGCACCCCUAUGUAGGUACUGCUCCACCCACAUCCGUUCAAUGUAUCGAAUGGGGUUAGUCGCCAUACCUGCUUUUAAAUCAAAUCAAAUCUUAUUGGUCACAUACACAUAUUUAGCAGGUGUUAUUCCGGUUGUAGUGAAAUGCUUGUGUUCCUAGCGCCAACAGUAUAGUAAUAUCUAACAAUACACACUAAUUUAUCACGAUACCUGCUAUUAUCACGAUUCCUGCUAUUAUCACGAUACCUGCUAUUAUCACGAUAACUGGCUGAAGCCCAAAUCUUAACCCGCUCCCUCUCUCUCUGUCUCCAGAACAGGGACAACUACAUCCGCUCCUGUAAGCUCCUCCCUGACGGCCGCACCCUGAUUGUGGGUGGUGAGGCCAGCACGCUGACCAUCUGGGACCUGGCCUCUCCGACGCCACGUAUCAAGGCGGAGCUCACCUCCUCGGCCCCCGCCUGCUACGCACUGGCCAUCUCCCCCGACGCCAAGGUCUGCUUCUCCUGCUGCAGUGACGGGAACAUCGCCGUCUGGGACCUGCACAACCAGACCCUGGUCAGGUGAGUGAUCGAUCCAUCCACAGAGUAGAUGACUGGUUGGAGGCUGGGAGGGACGUGCUACUACCUAUAUGAUCUUAAAGGGGCAGCAGUAAUAAUUGAAGUGGGAUUACAUUGAAAUGUCCAGAGCGUCAGUGGAAUCACUUGGCUAAUUCCACUGUGUUUGUUGGGUGUUGUAGGCAGUUCCAGGGCCACACGGACGGAGCCAGCUGUAUUGACAUCUCACAUGAUGGGACCAAGCUGUGGACCGGCGGUCUGGACAAUACCGUUCGCUCAUGGGACCUGAGGGAGGGACGGCAGCUCCAGCAGCAUGACUUCACCUCCCAGGUACGCAGAUAUAUAUAUUAUAUAUGUUCCAACACACACACACACACUCACUGAUACCACACACUCAUACCAACACACACAUUCUAUUUUGCCCUCAUUCACCCCCACCUCCCGUCUCCUCCCAGAUCUUCUCUCUGGGCUACUGCCCCACAGGGGAGUGGCUGGCGGUGGGCAUGGAGAGCAGCAACGUGGAGGUCCUUCACCACACCAAGCCUGACAAGUACCAGCUCCACCUGCACGAGAGCUGCGUGCUCUCUCUCAAGUUCGCCUACUGUGGUAAGAAACAUGUCCAGGGAGUUUUUUGUAUUAUUUUUUUUUUACAAUAAGUAAUUGAUAACCUGUAUUUAUGUAGUUCAAGUGUAGAAACCUUUUUUCUCAAGGAAUUGAACCAGGUUCAAUUGAGUUGGUACUGCUACUGUACCAACAGGUAAUGUCAACUGCCCCACAUCAGUUGUAUUGGGUUAGCUGCUAAAUCUGAAACGAUGUGGACUUCCAAUUCCGUGCUUUGGAGAGUCUUGUGCAGCCCUGUCCUGCUUGGUGAGGACAACCUGGUCUCUGUGUGCUCAUAUUUCUCUCAUGCCUUGUGUUUUUUAAAGGUAAAUGGUUUGUGAGCACGGGGAAGGACAACCUCCUGAAUGCCUGGAGGACUCCAUACGGCGCCAGCAUAUUCCAGGUAUGCCAAUCAAUAACAAACACACACACACACACAUAUACACACUCUCACACAUGCAUAGAUGCUCACUAUCCUGUACAAUGGCCAACAGAGUGGAAACCCGAGCUACCACUGUCAAAUCUAAUCUGUAAAUCAUAAGCAACCAAAAUUGUUCAGAGAAUUCUCUUUCAGACCAACCAAGCCAGAUGGUCACUUUUGCUACAGGGUUAGUUCAGGCAAACAAAUGACUAGAUCUGAAUGGGAUCGCUAACACGUUUUUCUUUCCCCUUUUACCACAACAGUCAAAGGAGUCCUCUUCCGUCCUGAGCUGCGACAUCUCUGCAGACGACAAGUACAUUGUGACAGGCUCCGGAGACAAGAAGGCCACCGUGUACGAGGUGAUCUACUAG